AGGUCUCCUAAUAUUGCUUUAGAAAAAACAAUAAACAAACAAAGGGUCCUGAUCUUGCCAAGCGAGAGGGUCCCGCUGCUUGGCUUGUUGCAUUAGCUCCACUCGGAACCCGUUGACCUCUCCUUCCUUCUCCAACCUCUUGAUCUUUUCGUCUUUGGUGUAGAGCGAUCCAGCCGUGAAGCUUAUUCAUGGAUUCCAAAGGCUCCAAAGGCCAUCGCGAAGAGCUUUUUAUAAGAACAAUGAGUGAGGAUCCUGAGGAGCUUUUUAUAAGAACAGUGGGUGAGGAUCAUGAGGCAAUAUGCUGGGGCUGUGGAUUACGCCUUCUUCGUCCAUCUAAUGCUCCUAUUUUCAAGUGUGGCUGGUGUGGGGCCAUAACCAAUCAAAACCCACGGAAAUGUGGAAGCAGGUGCUCUUUGUGGAGACGCUUGCGUGACCGGUGCUUUCUUUGUGUCCUCCUUGUGUUUAUGCUCUUUGUGAUAUGUGGUGGAGUGUGGGCAGUGUUCCCCAUUGUUUUUUCUAUUAACUAUUUGUGUGGGAUAUUCCACUCCAUCAUAUCAAUUAUCCUCUCUGUGACUACCAUUUCUUCAUUCAUCCUUGCGGCAUUUCAGUGUGCUGGCAUGCCUCCAAGCAUACAGUGGGGUAUCUACCCAGUUGUGCGAAAAGGUGACCUGGAGAAUUAUACCUUCUGUCACCAUUGCUCAAAACCAAAAUCACCUAGGACUCAUCAUUGCAGUUCAUGCGGAAUGUGUAUAUUGGAUAUGGAUCAUCAUUGCCCAUUUAUUGGGAACUGUGUUGGUGCAGCAAAUCACCGGCAUUUCAUUCUCUUCCUCAUUUCAGCUGUCAUCAGUACAAUCUAUGUAUCAAUCAUGACUGCAUAUGCAGGGCUGCAUAUAUGGCCACCAUUAACAUUAGCAUAUACGGUUGGCCGUCUAAAUGGGUUUAACAUGGAUUUGGGUUUCAGAGUUAUGAUGGACGUUUUUGUUGCUUUGCUAAGGUCUGCACUGCUUCUAUCUGCAAGAGGACUUGUUCUGGUAUAUCUGUUUGUUUCAUGUGUUUCAGUGGAGAUAGGGUUGAGCGUGCUUCUGUGGCAGCAGCUUUCUUAUAUUUAUCAAGGAAAAACUUAUUUAAGUCAUUUAGGUUCACAGGAAAAUGGGGAUGUUGGGAAAAAAGAUUGCCAAAAUCUUUUCCGUUUUUUUGGGUGCCCUUAUUCUAAAUCCAGAUAUUUGCCAAUUUUUUGGAGAUCUCGGAAGAGACACAAAAGGUGAAAAGGUGGACGAAUAAUUUAUGUUAAUGAUAGUCUGCCUCAUGCAGUGACUGUGUGUGUGUGUUUUGUUUUGUUUUUUAAAAAAAUUUUGGGAUGGGGUUUGUUCAUUGAAAGCCCCCACAGAGAUAUGCAGCCAUGUCUUUCCAAGAUGUUAUUUUAACAUGCUGCUAUGAAUCAUAGUUAAGAGAAUUGGAUUUC